UAAUGACAUUUUGCCGUCCAAUGAUGUGGGUGUACUCAGUAUGUAGCCCUGCCCGCAUUUUUUAGUCCCUCCGCUCCCAAAACAAGGAAAAGUAUUGAAAUACAAAUGCUUCCUUUAUCAGCACUUUUACAUUUUACUUUGCGACUCAAAUUGCUCGACUGAUUUAGCACGGAGACAGUCACUACUGGAGCGCUGGAUUAUAGCCUUUUUUUAUUAUUAUUUACAACUGCAUUUUAUCCAUUAUGUCAAAAAUGGGGAACUUUAUCGAAACCUACUAAUCGAAAUCCACCCGAUCACCUUCGAGUGAUCAAAAGGCACGUUUGUCAUUGUUUGCGUACUUUACUUACAACAAAAGGACGGUUAUCUUCAUUGAUCGGUCAGAGGGUGAGAAUGGGACAUCCUCCACUUGAGUUCAGCGACUGUUACUCCGACAGUCCAGAUUUCAGAGAGAGAUUGAAAUGCUACGAAAACGAGCUGGAAAAAACCAACAAGAUCCUAAAGGAUGUCAUCAAGGACGGGAACAAUGUGAUCAACGCGAUCAAAGAGUACUCGCUAGGAGUGCAGAAGUUCUCUCAGACCCUUCAGUCGUUCCAGUUCGAUUUCAUCGGUGACACUCUGACUGACGAUGAGAUGAACAUUGCGGAGUCAUUUCGAGAGUUUGCUGGUUUGCUGCAGGACGUGGAAGAAGGUCGAAUGAUGCUGGUCCAGAAUGCCUGUGACUUGCUUAUCAAACCGUUGGAAAAGUUUAGGAAAGAGCAGAUUGGGGUCACAAAAGAGAGAAGAAAGAAGUUUGAGAAGGAGAGUGAGAAGUAUUACUCUCAGUUGGACAAACAUAUGAACCUGUCCUCAAAGAAAAAAGAAACACAGCUACAAGAGGCUGAUGAACUGUUGGAUAAGGAGCAUCAGGCAUUUUAUGAGUCGUCUGUUGAAUAUGUGUACCAGAUUCAGCAGGUUCAGGACAGGAAAAAGUUUGAUGUUGUGGAGCCUGUUUUAGCAUUUCUGCACAACAUCCUAAUGCUGAAUAAUCUCACCGUGGAGAUGACACAGGACUUCCUUCCAUAUAAACAGGAGCUUCAGCUCAGUCUACAGAACACCCGGAACCACUUUGAGAGCACCAGAGAGGAGAUGGAGGAGCUCAUGAAGAGGAUGAAGGGGUCAGCACAGAUCUGUAUUAGACACAGCCAGCAGGCAACUAUGGAGGGAUACCUUUAUGUGCAGGAGAAAUGGGCUCUUGGUGUAACCUGGAUUAAGCAUUACUGUAAAUACUUUAAGGACAAUAAGCUAUUCAUCAUGAUGCCAGUGGAACAAAAGACAGGAACCAAACAGACCACAGCUCACCUCACACUGAAGUCCUGCAUACGCCGUAAAACAGACUCCACUGAUAAACGCUUCUGUUUUGACAUCGAGACAAAUGAAAGGUGCGGCCCUGUCCUGCUCCAGGCUAUUUCUGAAGUCAACAGGAAGCAGUGGAUAGAAGCCAUGGACGGCAAAGAACCAAUUUAUCAUUCUCCGAUUCAAAAGCAGGCAGAGAUGGACCUAAAUGACAUCGGCUUCAAGUUUGUCAGAAAAUGCAUCAACUUUGUGGAGACAAAAGGGCUCACUCAGGAAGGAGUCUACAGGACUGUGGGCAGCAACAUUCAAGUACAGAAACUUCUGAAUGCCUUCUUUGACCCACAGUGUCCAGCGGAUGUAGAUUUCAAUUCCCCUGACAUGGACAUUAAGACCAUCACUAGUGCUUUGAAAUUCUAUCUGCGGAAUUUGAGUGAACCGCUGAUGACCUACAGCCUGCACGGAGAACUGAUCUUAGCAGCAAAGUCGGAGAAUCUGGAUUAUCGGUUAGGGGCGGUUCACUCACUUGUUUACAAACUCCCAGAGCGGAACAGAGAGAUGCUGGAACUACUAAUCAAACACCUGUUCAGUGUUUGCAGCCACAGCAGUGAAAAUCUGAUGACCAUUUCAAAUAUGGGUGUAAUAUUUGGCCCCACUCUCAUGAGAGCAAAGGAGGAAACUGUAGCGGCCAUGCUAGAUAUUAAGUUCCAGAACAUCGUCAUGGAGAACCUCAUUGAGGGCCACAGCAAGAUCUUUAAGGGUCCUCCUGAAGAAACCAUACUGCCUCCUGUUCCUCCUCCAAGGGUGACGCCACGGAGACGGCAGCCAAUCACAAUCUCAAAACGCCCACCCCGUCUCUACCCGGGCCUUCAGCCUCCAGUUUUUGAGAGGCGAGAGCAAAAUGGUGCCACCCACAAUUAUGGUGAACCCGAGGGAGAUACCAGCCUCACCAGUCCGUUUCCUCAUCAUAGAACAAAACUGGAACCUCCUUCUGUCGCUCCUCCAUCCAUCCCGCUCUCCUCUCCAACCUCUUGGAAGCUUGCUCACUCCAGACCUGCUCUCCGGCCCUUGGAUGCUGAUGUCAGCAGGCUUGAAGUUAAGACACAGGAUGGUCAGAGGUCGGAUGCCAUGGUGACCACCAAUAGGGAUUCAGGAGUGACAGUGAACCGAAAUAUAUCUUUUCAAGGAAGGAAGCCACCACUCAGAGGAACAACUGGAGAGGCUCAGGUGUUGACAAGACGAUCUUUCUCAGAGAAGAGUUCCAUCUGCCGGCCCCCCACUCGACCACCAGAUCCACCCUCUCGUCUCCUCAAUAAAACUCCUCAUGAAGACCCUCCAGCCUCAUAUGUCGCCUCCAAAACCAAAUUUUUUGAGAACGCUUCAAGGCAGGUGGGGAGCUCCUCUCCGAAUGUCACACCUGCAGCUUCUAGAGAUGAGAACACUAAGUAAGAACUUCCUUUCAGUCACAACUUUUGGAUUGAUGUCUUGUGGACCAAUUAACGCACAUCAGUGGUCAUGAGAGCACAGGCCGGCGUCUGGUCACGGUUUUUAGCGAUAAAUUAUUAACACUUCUUGACUUCAAUUUUCUUUCUUUUUUUUUCGUUCUUUUUUUGUGAAUGAAUCAGAAAG